AACAACCCCUUCUUCGAAAGUCGAUUAUUUUAAAAUAGACCAUCGCCUCCUGUAACUGUCAGUUUGAAAAAGUAAACACGUGGCUCAAUGGCUCCACGGAAAAGAGCAGUCAAACAGAAAUUGAACCAUGGAAGCUACGUGCAUCAGCUAUUUCAGGAUUUUCUGUCCCGCAACAGACAGCCAGCAGCGCGGGUACCGAAGGUAUGUUCCAAACCCAUACAACCACCGUUGCAGCACUUCCACAUUGACGGAUACACUACAAACCACUUGCAAAAGCAGUCGAACCCUUUCGAAUUCAUAAAACCCACCGACCCGCACUCGAUAUUUCCAUCCAAUGGAAGAAAAGAACAACUUCAUCCACUUUAUGCUAAACUAAAAACCUCAAUGCAAAACCAUCGAACCAAGAAUGGCUGUGUUCAACGACAAAAACCGUAUCCCGUCGUUUCGACUGCUAUGAAUGUUGUUAGAAACUUUUUUGAACCAGUUGAACCGGACCGUGGUCCACGAGAAGUAGUUUAUAGCAGAUUUCAGCGACAGGCGGGCACAAAUCAGUUCGUAAAACGCGAACCCAGCCCAAGCGCUCCUCCGGGAGGACUUAUGCGCUGGCUUGAAAAGUCUAAACAAAUCACCAAUCGUCAGACCGCUGCUGCCCGAAAAGGAAGAGAAUAUUACGAUUUGCCAAGCGAUUUCUUCUCCGGCAGAGAAUCUUUACCCUUUGAACUGAGUAAAUUAGAUUGCCAGUCAAAUGCGGAUAAAACACUCGCCAGUUUGGGAACCGUUUUUGUGCCACCGGCUACAUCCACUCCAUUCGAUAGAAACCAGUCGGAGCUUGUGUCCAUUCUUACAGAUCCUGAGGAUUUUCGGGCGGUCACCAGUAAGUCUUCAGCUCGUGAGGGGCACUGCGAAGAGUUUCUCCGAAAAGUUUCUUCUGCCAUGGACAAUAUAACGUCCAAAGUGUGCAGGCUCAUGAAGUGUGCCGUAGAUAAUACUGCUUUGGAUCGAAAUAUGGGCGAGUUGAAAGCUUUGUUGCAAAAUAUACAACAUCCGGAAACAUUAGAUCCCAGCUUGGUCGAACGCAGUAGCUGGAUGGAGCAUUCGCUAGUCAGUAAUCGAAUCAAUCACGGCUAUCGCAAAUGUGCAAAGUCUCCUCUAUUGUUCAACAACAGUUCCGUUACUUACGGACAAUCGAACAGAGAAAAAGAAUUUACAGUGAUUGACGUGCAACUAGGUUGCGAAAGACGCACUCACAAACCUCUAAACAUAAACCAAAGUAGUGGUUCUUUUGAAAUGGAAUUGUUUGGAUCUCAUCCGAAACUAAAACAAGUAUCUAACUGGAAUCCGAACGGUUCUGCCACUUUCACCAGGCUCGGAAAGAUGGACUCUCCUGAACCUAAGACCCACACAUUCUCGUUCGAUGACAGCAACCUCGGGUUGGACGACACCGAAGUCGACCUUUCUUUUCUCACGCAAAAGUCGUCGUCCAGCAGUCUUGUUUUCGAUGAACUAACACCGCCAGAAUUGGAGGACUCAUUAACGCGAGCUCUACGAACACCGACGGAAAAUACACAGCUUAGCUUUUUGGACUUCGAGGUGACACCGUCACCACGGUUCCAGUUUCCUACGACCAAUAACGUAAACGAAACAUUUUUCGAGCAAUUUAUGAAAGCCUCGAAAUCAGCUGCUGGUGGGGAAGACAACGCGGACAGUUUUUUUGAUUUGAUGCUUUUCUAA